UUGUGUGGAAAGUGGAGGGGCUGAUGGGAGUGAGGUAAAUGUGAGGAGGAGAGUUUCAGCGCGCGAAAGGACUAGCAGGAAGAGGUGCAGAGGAUACUGACUGGGGCUUGGCUCGAAAGUAACCAGACGAAAUUCCGCAAUCCCUAAACAUCUGUAUUAAUAUGGCUGAUACAAAGGAAACGCAAGAGGAGCAUGAGACCACAACAGAUAAUGCUGAAGAGACCAAUCACGACCCUCACUUCGAGCCCAUCGUGUCGCUACCCGAGCAGGAUGUUAAAACGCUAGAGGAGGAUGAAGAGGAACUCUUCAAAAUGCGGGCGAAGCUGUACCGGUUUGCGUCGGAGAACGACCCCCCUGAGUGGAAGGAGCGGGGAACGGGGGACGUCAAGCUCCUGCGACACAAGGAGAAGGGUUCAAUUCGCCUGCUGAUGAGGAGAGACCGCACCCUCAAGAUCUGUGCCAAUCACAACAUCCUCCCGGUGAUGGAGCUGAAGCCGAACGCGGGCAGUGACCGGGCCUGGGUGUGGAACACACACGCCGACUUCGCCGACGAGCACCCCAAACCUGAGCUGCUAGCCAUCCGCUUCCUCAACGCAGAGAAUGCACAGAAAUUCAAGGCAAAGUUUGAUGAAUGUAAAGAAGUCGUCGGAAAAUCUUUAGAGAGUCCAGGCAACAAGGACAGCGCAAACAAAGUGGCAGAGAAGCUGGAGGAGCUGUCCGUCAAGGACGACAACGCCAAGCCGUCAGAGGAGAAGGAGGCCGAGUCAAAGAAAGAGGAGUCUAAGAAAGAGGCAGAGUCUGAGAAGAAGGCGGAGAAGACUGAAGGGGAGAAAUAAUCAGGAACCUGGACUUCCUCUGCUUUUCAACUUGUCAUUUUUCCCUUUUUUUUUCUACAAUAGACUCUUAAGAAACUGAAUUUGGACACUUGCAUUUUUGUUCUGUAAGGUUUUUUUUUUGUGUUUGUUUUUUAUUUUAAUUAUACAUUUGUUUUGCUGUCUGAGGUCGCAAGAUCUCGGGAGGCGUUUCAAAGUAAUCCAUUCCCCAAUCAAAAUUGUACUGUGCUGUUUCUCUUAACAUUUUUUUUGUUUGUUUUUUUUAUAUUUUCUUUUUCUUUUUUUUUCCAUAGUGGAAACAAGUUGUCUGUAUUCUGGUCACCUGUAACUCAAAGUACCUUAAACACGACACCGUACUGUGAAUCAAGCCUUGUGAUACUGAUAAUUCCCACAUUGGGUGACGCUUUUCUGUUUUCUUUUUUAGAAAAGUUUUGAAAGAAUCUGAAAAUCUAGCUUUGCUGGCACGCAUUCUUUUGGGAGUGCUGGUGAACGACUCCAGCUUAGAAACUGUAGGGGGGAGGUGGGGAGAAGAAUGGGAGAGUUGUUCCUUGGAUGGAUUCAGAAUGGAUGCCGUUCAAAUCUAGCCUUCUUUAAGCUGCCCCAUGGCUACCGUUUACUGUAGAAGACUCCCUUACUGGCUCACUGAAGGAACGUCAGUGUCGAAUGACAGCCAUAUUACAGAAACUGCGAACCUCAAAUGACAAGUUUUUCCACUUUAGGCUUUCCUGUGGCUGAAGUUGAACAAUAAAUAGUUGAGAAAUAGUUGAGAAGAAAUUUGGCAUUUUAAGAACUUUGGGUUUGUUUGCCUGAGACCAAUGAGUUAUCUCCACCAGUCAAAUGAGUUUGUGGUUCCCCCCUUCCCCCCGCCUGCCUGCGUAUAUACUCACAAUCUAGGUGUUGCAAUGGUUGGAAAAGAGGAACGUUGAAGAUUAAUACAUUUGGCUCGCCUGUCAGAGCAGUUUGAUAAUCCCUGCUUCCUCGUGGGCCAGAACGCAUCUGUAAAUAAAUCAAUAAACCUAAAAUAAAUACCAAUAUGCAUAGCUAGGAUGGUUCGCUAGCCUUCCCCCACAACUUCAUGGUAGAAACUACAUUGCUGACUGCUUUUCAGUCAUCUUAUGGGGGGGGAGGGGAGGGGGAGUGAGUGACAUUUUGAAUCUUUAAAAACAAAAAAAAAUAAAAAAAAAUAAAGGAGAUUGAAUGGCCUUGCAUGCAUAGAUUAUUCUGGUACAAGGUAGUGGGGAACAUGAACUGGACAUGCUUCUUAAUGCUAACUGCCAAAGCAGCUUUAGUGUUGCUGGGGAUCGCUCUCACAGUGGGAGUGGAGGUGUUUGAGAUACGGUUUGGGAGUUGGGUUCAAGUGGUUGCUAACUGUCUGAAUGCUUACCUGGUUGUGGUUGUGUGUGGUGUGCCCAACCGCCCAGUCCUCGUGUGACCAACCUGAGAGAUGCUAAUCGGCCAGUUAAGUACAGUAUAUAUACACACAGUACAUAUUUUUUAUGUUGCUUGACUUUAACUCUUUUUGGCAUUCCCCACUGUAGCUAGCACUUUCUGACAGUGUGAAAAUGGCACACCAAGUUCAUUGGGCAAUUCGAUGAAGGAAUUUGGUUCUAGAAUGAUUUCACUUUUUAUAGUGGGUAACAUGUUACACAUUGUGUAAUAAAGUUGUGAACAAAAAAAAAGAAAAAAUCAAAAUUAAAAAAGUAUGAUGCUCUA